GAAGCGAAUCCCCAUCCCCCGAGGUUUUAGAUCUCGUCGUCUCCCCUUCCUCUCCAAAGCCCUAGCUUUCCUCUCCUCCCCCCUCCUUGUGCGGCGGCGGCGGCAGCCAUGGACAAGGGCAUGGGCAUGCUCGGCGACCUCGACAACCUCCCGGAUGAGGACAAGAUGCGCAUGGCCUCCAUGGUCGACCAGCUCCAGAUCCGUGACAGUUUGAGAAUGUACAAUUCCCUGGUCGAGAGGUGCUUCACGGACUGCGUGGACACAUUCCGUCGGAAGACCUUGGACAAGCAAGAGGAGUCCUGCGUCCGUCGCUGUGCCGAGAAGUUCCUGAAGCACUCUAUGAGGGUUGGCAUGCGAUUCGCUGAGCUUAACCAGGGCGUUGCCACACCCGACUAAUCAAAAGAUGUCUCCUUGCCCCGUCAAGUUUCUAACAUUGCGUGUUCGAUCAGCAUCAGUUUGUAAUCCUUGAAAGUUUCCAGUACUUAUGAACCCAUAGCCGGUUGUCAAGUUGAAUAAAAUCACGUUGAAUUAUUGUAUCCAAGGUUUAUUCCUGUCUUGCUAUAUGGUUUGACACACCUUUGAUAUCUCAAAGAGAAGAGUUGAUAUAUCCGUACCAUUUCAUCA